AUGGCAGCUUUGAAGAUGGCAUGCACAGCAAUGCUGGUGUGCGUGAUGCUGGUGGUUGCUGCUCAUGUCGAUGCGACGUUAACAUGCGGUGAGAUAACAAACUUGCUGAGUCCAUGCAUCGGGUAUGCCAUUUUCGGAGGCACUGUGCCGACAAUUUGUUGUGAUGGCAUCAAAGCACUCAAUGCCGCUUCCAACGGCACUGCUGAUGACAGAGCCGCAUGCAGUUGCAUCAUGAAAGGUCUUUCAGGUAUCCCAGGAAUCAACUACGACUUGGUCGGGACACUUCCUGAGACCUGUGGCACUACUUGUCCCUACAAAAUUACACCCACUACUGACUGUUCCAAGGUGGACUGA